AUGCUUUCGGGGGAGGCGACGGUGCACAAAGCUGCCCUGAGCCCGCAGCCAAAGAGAAUGCCCGAGCAUGAACGAGCGGAAGAACUAAAUCAAAAGCUCAAGGCUGAAAAAGCAAAGCAGGAAAUGAACAAGGAAGUGAGCGGCAAGGAUAGGCCAAGCGAACCGGCCAGCACUUCGUCCGGCCCUCCGCUGCGGCUGGGUCAGGAUUCCCCCACCUCGUAUAUACGAUGCUUUGCAUCCUGCCAGCGCUGUCUUUCGAGGAAGGGAACGCUUUGCUGCGCGAGGCCAUGGUAUGCUAGGCGCCGGAACGCAUCCUUCGCCUCCUCCGGAGCAGGGCUAGAUGCUUCGCCGGGCACUGCGGAUCGGUGCGUUAUUGGCUUGGCUCUCCAGACCCCCCCGAAAGGAUCCAGAAAGUAG